AUGCUGCGCAGGGUCCGAUCCGUCGGCGUGGCCGUGGCGACGCUGACGCCUCUGGCCGCUUUGGCCGUAGGCGAAGCAGCUCAGCAGUAUGACGACAGCAACAAGGUCGUGUACGCGAAGCAGCAGCUCUUGAAGUGGCGCAACGCUUCCGAUACAGAUCCCAGCGGUGAAGAGUCAAAGUCGGCUGUGGCUGGUGCCUCCGCCUGGCUGGGCAGUGCGCCGCCCAAAUUCCCGUACUUGCUGUCGAUCUCCGCCGGCGACAACCCGGCGGUCGUCACGAACACGCUGCUUGGUGGGGCGAAAGUCUUGGGGUCGUAUAAGGAACCAACACGAGAAACGUUGAAAAGACUCACAGCUCCAACCUCGACGCUAGAAUGUGCUCUUCAUACUAUUGCGAUGCGCUACUCGGAGCUGAAGACGGCGUUGCAUGGCGAUGUGCCCGAAGACUUUGAUCCGCGUGUGGGAUUGAAAACCAGUGCGGAGGACACGAUGAUGGAUGCACUACUGGACGCGCUGCGAGAUCUGCAAUACACUGAACAGGAGAAUGAACGCGGCACUGGUGAAAAUGAAGGAAACGCGGCGACAGACGCGCAAAACGGCCCAGUUACUGCUCUCCCGAUGUUCUUGCUUAGGGAUUUCGACACACUCAGCGACCAGGAUGCUGAGAGAUGGCUCCGCUGGACGCACCAAGAGUCGCUCGAGCUGGGCCUGUUUUCUGAUGAAGCAGGAGCCGCCGCAGGUACAGAGGACCGAUCUUCGAUCGAUCAACCAAGCAUGGAUGCAGCGAACAUAUGCAAGCGCGCUACCGAGGUGGGGAUUAUUUUGAACGCCGCAGGAAACUGGUGGAGUGAUAUUGAAGCAAUUUGCCGAAGGCUACGGGAUAGCAAUCUAAACGAAGUGACACUUCACGAGGAGCGCGUCGGUGUGAUUCAUGAAGCCUGCCACAACUUCUUGCAAGAUACCGAAGCUAGGUUGCUUCAAGCACUGCACCUUGAUGGAAGUCUGCAGCUCCCUCGCGACUAUUCCUCAAGUAAUCACUCGGAAUCGCAGCCCACAGAUACGUCGAAAGCUUUCAGUGCACUGGAAACGUGGAAAUGUCUGGAAGCACUGGCCGAUGUCACUCCGGUUACUGGCGGCAAUGCGCUGAUUGGGUCGCCACAACAGCUACUCAAGCAGAAAGAUAAAACUCCUCUGAAUUGUGUGAGUCCCGUCGAGGCUUUGCUGCCGUUUAACUACCGUGAGGAGGGCGAACAAAAAUUCUUGGACCUUAUCGAUCAGCAAGUGCUCUAUCUCCGACCAAAGGACGCUGUGGAGAUUGGUGUGAUCCCAUGCAAGAAAGCUGCACUGGUUUCUCCAUGCUGGGUACAGACUCGUCCUGUCAUUAAGAAGGCCUUCGAGAAGAUUCACAGGAGCGAUGCGUACUUCAGGGUCAUUUUAGAUCUGGACCGGUUUGCUGCCAAUGUGGAGAUGCGAAAAGAAAUUGAGCAGUAUGAGCAAGAAAUUGCGGAGCGGCGUCAGGCUUUGCUGGAUAUGAAGCGUGAUUUUGCCAUUCUUCAGUUUUCGAUGACACCAGCAGAUAAGUCUCAGCGCAAGGCCGAGCUUGCUCUUAUUGACGUCGAGUUGCAGGCCAAGGAUGUGUAUUUGGAGAAACUUCGAUCCUUGCUGACUCCGUGA